UAUAAACUUUUAUAUAGCCCUUCGCAUUCUCUACUUGUUUCCGCGAAACCAUUCCCAGGCAAAAGAAGUCGGUGACAUCAUAUUUCAAUCCCUAGAACUUGAAAUCCGAUGACUACCGCCGCUCGACCUACAUGGGCACCUGCAAAAGGUGGCAACGAACAAGGUGGUACUCGAAUCUUUGGUCCCUCACAGAAGUACUCUUCUAGGGACAUCGCAUCGCACACCACUCUCAAGCCCAGGAAAGAGGGGCAGGACACACAAGAUGAGUUAAAGAGAAGGAACCUGCGUGACGAACUGGAAGAUCGUGAACGGAGGCAUUUUUCAUCAAAAAAUAAAUCUUACGAUGACAGGGAUCAUGGAAAGGGUAGUCAUCUGUUUUUGGAAGGAUCAAGAAGAGAAAUUGAAGACCACAUUGUUGCUCGUAGCGUUGAUGCAGAUGAUUCUGAUGUUGAAGUUAAAAGUGAUGACGAGAGUGAUGAUGAUGACGACGAUGAGGAUGACACCGAGGCAUUGCUAGCUGAGCUUGAACAGAUAAAGAAGGAAAGAGCAGAGGAAAAGCAACGCAAGGAACGACAGCAACAGGAGGAAGAGCUUAAAGUGAAGGAGGCAGAGCUUCUGCGUGGAAACCCCCUGCUCAAUAAUCCAACUUCUUUCAAUGUGAAAAGAAGGUGGGAUGAUGAUGUGGUGUUUAAGAACCAAGCCCGUGGCGAAACCAAAAUAGCUAAGCGAUUCAUCAAUGAUACCAUCAGGAAUGAUUUUCAUAGGAAAUUUCUGCAAAAAUACAUGAAGUAAAAGUCCUUGUGCGAGAAGUGAGAGCAGAACUUGUUGAUUUGCAGAUUGUAUCUAAAUGUAUGAUUCAACUGUGAUGGAUAUAUUGUUUGUUAUCUUAAACGGAUUUCAACAUGGUACUCGUAGUUGCUGUAACUUCCGUGUUCGUUAAUGCCAGCUGGGGUUUAAGAGUCACAAAAUAUACAAAUAUUAUCUAGUGAGGAUCUCUUUCUCUCACCCUUGUUGUGUAAUUCUAUUCACUCCUUAGAUACAAUUUACCUCCUGCA